AUGAAAAAUAAUAAAGAAGAAGAAGAUUUAUUUAGAAAGAUCAUUGGAUCAGCAACACUCAGAACUAUAAUAUUAAAUCAUGUUAGAGAGAUUAGAAUGUUGGAUGCACGAUUGUACAAGAUACCAGGAACAAAGUACACUGUCGAACUUGGUCAACUAAAUCAACAUCACAGAUUCAUCGAAAGAAAGUAUGCGUUCUGGUAUCCACUUUAUUUCGACCGUUAUACAAGACCACAUACGUUGACGUUGGGUGCAUUGGACACAAUCAAUAGUUUGCUACAAAACACAGUCACCAAGUUGGUCAAGCGUUCAAUAGAACUCAUGUCAUUGGAGAAUGCUGAUAAUCUGAGAUGCAGACACAUUGUUUUGUGCGCAAUGGAGCUUUAUGUCGAUAAAGAAGCAGCCUUCUAUUGUGUAGAGCGUGCUUGUGACGCUGUGAACGAAUACCACAGUAAAGUACCUGGCACGUUCUAUGUGUAUAAGCUAUCAGAUAUUAUCGAGAUGUUCAAAUCUGCUGCGGGUACUGCCAACUUUGGCAAUCUAUACACAACAACUGUGGUCUUUUUCCAAAAGACCAUCGAGUACUUUCUUAAUAUGAUCGCAGUGAUCAUUUGCAGGACAAAGAAAGCGAGAAAUAGCAAGUCAACUAACCCAAUCAGCUCUCAAGAGGUCAUAGAAAUCUUCAAAGCGGAUGAUGUCACCUCAAAUUUCUUCUUUAGUGAUGAAUUACAGACUUCAAAUACGCAAGCCGCAACUCAACCGGACACUCUUGAUCAAGAUCCAAUCAAGUUGUUGGAAAAAAUCAAAGAGACUGAUCUGCUAUACACCGAGGAUCUCAAUGAAGCUUUUGAUAAAAUUCACUUGAAAGAAGCAAACAAAGACGAUGAUGACGAUGGCGAUCAAGUCGGCCACCAAGCAAACUUUGGACAGUUGGUGAGGGAACUUCCAACCGAGAAUCUCAGGACCAUCGCUAAAAUGUUGGCAAUUGAUAUCCAAGGAUGUUUCGAUAAAAAAAAUGUAAUUCAAAAGAGUAGGUAUCGAAAUAUUUAUAGCAAUCAUAAUACUUUGACGAAUAUUAACAAUAACUAUUAUUAUUAUUACUAUUACUAUUAUUGUUGCUACCCUUAUCGCGCAGAGAUCACCAAUACAAUCAAACAAUUGAAAUCAAAGAAUAUGAUUUUCAAAAUGUACAAUGAUGAUGGAGAUGUCGAUGCAUCACAAUACAGUGAGGCUGAUAGAGUUAAAAUAUCUCGAUGGUAUCAAUGUAUGUGCGAUAACGACGGGUAUCAUGAUGUUUGGUUCAUGACUCCAUUGCAAGCAUUCAAAGAAAUGGGUGAUCCAAAGGAACUUGAAGAGAUGACAGAAUCAGACUUGGAGGAAAGUGAUGAUGGUGACUAUGACGAUGACGAGGAAGAUGAUAAUGAUAAAGUUCCAUGUCCUAUUCAGUGA